AUGAGAAGCGCUAAUUCACGACAGGCCACCCAAAUGGAGAAGCAGAAGGGACCCCAAAUUUUCAUCCUGAACGGCGCGGCGGGGUCGGGCAAAGAUACCCAGUGCAGGCUAAUCGUAGAGAAAUACAAUUUCGCAGUAAUCACAAUCAGCACGCUGCUGAAGGAGUAUGUUUUGGAGAGUGAAGAGAGGGAAGGAGAAGGAGGAGGGGGGGGAGGCACAAGUCCGAGUGCAAGUCUGAGUCCAAGUCUGAGUCCAUGUCCGAGUCCGAGUCUGAGUCCAAGUCCAGACGAAGAAUCCAUUAACCGAGUGGAAAGAAAAAAGGAAGACGUAAAAAGAAUAAAAAAGUGCAUGAAAGAUGGGUCAUUAGUACCGGACGAUAUUGUCAUAAAGGUAUUUAUGGACCGUUUAAAAAAAUAUACAAAUGGAGAGGAACCAUGUGUAGGUAUUGUAGUUAAUGGAUUCCCAAGGACAUACGAACAGGCACUGCUGUUUGCAAAAAAUGGCAUCAAAGUGACAAGCUUUAUUAACAUACAGGUAAAGAAGGACAACUUAAUGAGUCGAAUCAGUAACAGAAUGGUCGACCCAGUUACUAACAUAAAUUAUAACGCCAAGGGGGUAGAACUGUUGUUGAAAAAUAAGAACGGGAUACACUUAACUGAAAAUGAGGAACUUUUAUUAUCCUCUCAAGGGGAUGCAUUUAAAAAUACAAGUGACGAAGUUAUUGCUAGGUUGACCAAAAGAGCAGAUGAUGACAAGGCUACCUUUUUAAAGAGGUUUCAUUUAUAUGAAGAAAAUGAGGAGAAAAUCCUUUCGCUUUUCCCCACAGUCUAUCGGAGUGUGGACGGGAAUGGGUCUAUCGAAGAGACCUUCGCGCAGAUAUGCGCUAUCCUAGACGGGGCGAACAGAUACACACCGCUCAGCUCGGAAGCGGGCUAG